GCACAAACCACUGACAGAGCGGAGGAAGCGAGCUUUGUUUUACAGUAAUCAACAGUCACAAGUUCUGAUCCACCCACCGCGGAUUGUGUUCUCAACCUCAGUUCUCUUUGCAAAGCCUUUACAGUGCUGUUCAGAUCUACUGCAGAUGUGUGCCACCCAGUGGCCAGCCUGGGACUUGCGUGAUGGUCCAUCUCCCUCCAGUUUUCAAAGUUUAUGGAGAGAAAAUCAAGAAUGCAACGAGACUGGUUAAUCUCAAGACUAUGGAAAUGAUGUUAGACAAAAAGCAAAUUCAAGCGAUUUUCUUAGUCAAGUUCAAAAUGGGUCAUAAAGCAGCAGAACUCGAAACAACAGCAAAGCAUUUGGCCCAGGAACUGCUAAUGAACGUACAGUGCAGUGGUGGUUCAAGAAGUUUUGCAAAGGAGAUGAGAGCCUUGAAGAUGAGGAGCACAGUGGAAGUGGACAACAACCAAUUAAGAGCAAUCAUCGAAGCUGAUCCUCUUAAAACUACACGAGAAGUUACCGAAGAACUCAAUGUAGACCAGCCUAUGGUUGUUCAGCAUUUGAAGCAAAUUGGAAAGGUGAAAAAGCUUGAGAAGUGGGUGCCUCAUGAGCUGACUGAAAAUCAAAAAAUCAUCAUUUUGAAGUGUCAUCUUCUCUUAUCGUGUGCAACAGAAAAUCAUUUCUCCAUCAGAUUGUGACGUGGGGUGAAAAGUGGAUUUUAUACGACAACC